AAGGCCGCGACCGCGACUAUUUUACAACUUUUGAAGUGAGCUGCGGUUAUUCCUGAUAGUGAUAGAUUCCUUCACCACGACCACCUUCAUAUUAACACUUUCUCUGUAUUCGCAAAGAACUUCACUUUCAUUUCCAGCAUGUAUGGACUGUAGUUCUGCGGAUAUCUACCUCCAAUGUGUCAUGAUCUGAAGUGCAAAGUAGAGAAAGGCGAAAAAUGACUCCACCACGUCCGUGUUGAAAGAAAAAGCAAGCAUUUCGCAUCUCACUACGUCCUGGGUCUGGAGGAACGUGCACGACGCAUCACAAGCAAGAUGCUGGCAUCUUCCGGCGGAGUUUUCACCCCAGCCACAAGGAGCGACGUGCUACUCACGGACGAUGUCUUUCUACGAUCACCGUACGCACCCUUGGCCCAGGUCUACUACAAAAAUGGAGAACAGGGAGCUGCGCUCGAGUACUUCUAUUUGGUUUUUGUUUCAGAAACAAGAAUGGGAAGCAAAACGACCAAAACGAAAAUCACUCUUCUAUCAAAAAUCUGAAACAAAGUGAACCACUGUAUUGUAUCAAAACUCAGCUCCACCACUAUCUCGAGUUCCGAGGAGGAUCCGGGUGGUAUUGAUGCCGUCCGCAUGCUUGACUACGGCGAAUUUUUUGGCCGCGAGCUUGCCGGUGGCGCGACGACGCUGGCCAGAUGUCGCAGAAGUGUGAAGAAAUUCGAGUGGAUGCUCUGCCUCGAUAUCGUUCACGGCCCUCCAGCGCAGUCGAAAACUAGUUCAUCCAACCCCAGCGGAAGUGUCAAACCGGUGUUGAAAAGAGGUGCCUUUUUCUCUACUUCCACUAGCGGCACUAAUUCCGGCCCGGGGUCGCCUGCGCUGACGCGAAAUCUUUGGUUGGAUAAGUUGCGUGCCCUGCGGCUAGAAUACGCGGAAAUCAAGGAACAGUACAAAAUCGAUUUGGCCGCGACUGUGAAGAGAGCGCAGAAAAAUCCGACGAAAUUCAACCCCCUGUCCAAAGCAGAAGACAAUCCCUGGGAACAGGUCACGGAAGAUGAGGAGCUCAUGCAGGAGAUCGCAAAAGACGUCGAGCGCACAUACAGCGACAAAGAACUCUUUACACGAAAAGACGUGCGGGGCAUACUGCAGCAGGUAACAAAGAAGUAUGGCAUUGAAAUUUGUUUUGAUUUUGAACUACUUGAAACUUCAAGCUUGCACACAAGCUCAAGCUUCGGACUCUCUUCAGUAAUUCGAACGAAGCGAGAAUUGAUGGUGGCCCGCGCCCUCGGUGGGAACGAAAUAAAAAUGCUCAUGACGAUGAACAACUUCAAGAUACAAAUAAUCUCUCCACGACCGUCGAUUUCAAAACUCAUAGGUCCUGUACAACUGGUGCAAGCAGUUCAACCCGUCGAAGAAGGCGGCGGAAAGCUACCGCCAGGGAAUGAACGAGUUGUGCGCCAUUGCCUACCAGGUGACCCACGACUCACUGACGAACCCAAGUUCCAGCAUGGAGUUUCUGCGCGAAUUCGGCAACCCCGAGGCCCGCGAGGCCGACUGCUUUCUGCUCUUUCGGGCGCUGAUGGGCCACGGCUUCACGCCGCUUUUUGCAGUGCAGGCGCCGAUUUACACCACGAAGGCGUCGCCACGCGGGGCAGACAUACCCGGAGCUGCACCAGGUGGGUUGUUGGAUGACUCGAGCAACAAGCCGGUCGUCGAGGUGCAGAACCCGCAGACGGUCAUUCUCGACAAGUGCAACCACAUCAUGGAGGUGUUGCUCAAAAAAGUAGAGCCGGAGCUGCACCGGUUGCUCGUCGAUACCUACGCCGUGCCGGCGCAGGUGUUCCUGUUGCGGUGGGUGAGGCUCCUGUUCUGUCGCGAGUUCUCCGUCGAGUCCACGCUGGAUUUGUGGGCGGAAAUGUUCCAGGACGCCUUUUUGAACGAAGAACCGACGGAGUUCACGCUCGGGAGCUACUUUGCCGUCGCCAUGCUCCGGUACGUCAAGGCAGAGUUACUUGCGUCCGACGAGAGCGCAUGCUUGUCCCGAUUGAUGAAAUAUCCGCCGGUAUUAAAUAUUUUGUUUGUUUGUACUUACGACGGUAUCAAACAUUUUGUUUGUACGUACUAGUCCUAGUCCCAGGUGGUCCGCGUCCGCGAGUGUCUACUCUGGUCAUUUCCAAUAUCGUAUUCAUUUUCAUUCGUGAAUGUGAAUCAUGAUAGUGAUACAUGAUACCAUCCGCAUCAAAAUCACUUUCCACCGUUUGUCAGGUUGAAAUCGAGCCGUUGCUGAAAAUGGCGAAGCAAGUCCGGUUUCAGGUGGAACCCGACAAGAAGUUUAGCGUCGGUCUGGAAAAGCCCAAGCCGGUGUCACAUCAGCCCGAGUAUGUUCCCUUGCCGGGCACGACCGUGGUGAUGCCCGCGUCCAGUCCGCCCCUACAGCCGACGGCUCCUGCUGGUUCUGCGGCUUUGAACUUGAACCCGCCCCCGUUGAUGAAUCUGACGACCGCGACCACCGCAACUUCCCCAGCGUCAACCCUCAAUAGCGCCUCCAUGAUGAGCACGAACACCAAUAAGUCCCCCCUGUUCGCGACGCCCGGUGCUGGUAGUUCGAAUCCCCUGGCGCCGGGGGGAACAAGUGGUGGAUUGUCCCAGCAUCCGCUCGCAGCCGCGUCGGCGACCGUCCCGGUGCACAGCGUCAGUGGGCCGCUGUUCCCAACCGGAGGAUCUGCUGCCUCUGGCGCUGCGCCGCGGCCUUUGUUUCCUGGCGGAGCUGCCUCUGCGCCCGCCCAGGCCGUAAUGAGUGGCGCAAACGCCAACGCGUACGCGAACUAUAAUCCGCAAAAUCUACUCCCGAUCACGGGCAACUCACAAGCGACGAGCAGCACCAGUGUAAACUGGGAGGAACAGUACGGUUUGCUUAAGGAAAAGGCGCGGGUCAAGGUGAACGAACUGAACGAGAAAAUCGCCGCACUGACCCAGAGCGUUGACCAGCAGACUCGCACGAUGUACGACGCGCAGCGAGAACGCGUGGAGGCACUGCGGACAGCCGAAGAUUUGCGCCUGACGAAGGAACAACACACGCAGCAAAUCAACCAUCUGCGGACGCAAAUUAACAAGCUGCAGAACAAAAACCUGUUCGAAAAAACGAAAAAAACCAACGCGCUCUUUGGUGAAGAAGACGAGGACAUACAGCAAGCAACGCAUUUGGGCGAGGACGGGAAGGGAGCAGAAUCACAGGUAAUGACAAUGAGUUACCCAAAGUUACAACUUACUUUGUUACUCGUGCACCAGCUGUGCUAAUAUCAUGAUUUUCUUGCUUAAGCUUGAUCUCGACCGGUUCUUCUUGGUUUCGAUCACCCGAUCAUUUGGAAUCACAUGCUUGCCACGACCACACGUCACAGGCCGACAAUUUCGAAGUUGAAGUGCUGCCGUGGCGAAAGCGCGUGGAUGGUUUGCUUGAGGAAAAACGGAAACUCGAGGAUGAGCGAGACCAGUUGCAGCUCGAGACAAAGCAGAUGAUCGCGGGCGUAGAGAACUUAAAAAGCCAGGCGAAAGCGCGAGUCCAGGAGCUGCAGCAGCAGUUGCAGCAGGCCCAGCAAGCUGCAGGCAGCUCUUCAACAACGGCAACGACCCCCGUUUCGGACGCCGCGAAAAGCACUGCUGCAGCGUCUUCAGAGCUGGCGCAACUUGCGGAACUCAAGACGCAACACGCAGCGGAGCUCGAAGACCUAAAGCAGAAGGCACGGGCAAAGAUGCAAGAGAUGCAGACCGCGUUCGAGCAGGCGAAAGCAGAACUAGCGAGAAAAGGCGGACAAGAUGCGAGUUGUACUACAAGUACGCCAAGUGCAGAUGUUGACCCCGGUCGAACGACGCUAACUCGGGAACAGGCGGACGCGGAAAUCGCGAAGGCGCGCCAAGAGGUCGAAGCCCGGUUUGCAGAGAAAUUCGCAAAAGUUGCAAACAAAGACGCCGCUGCAUCGGAGAACGGACCUGAAGACGCUGCUGCAAGUAAGACCACGCCGACGACCGAGGCUGCAGCUGACAAAAAAGACGAUGGAGGAGCCGCGCCAGCUGGAGAUAGUACGAAAACUGACACUAUGAAAGGCACAGCAAGCAAAGAAUCGGAGGAAUCUCCUAAAGGUGUUGGUGAAGCCUCACCGAAAAAGGGAGAAGAUCCUCCACAGACGACCGCUUCACCUUCGGCUACAGAGGAAAAAAUCGCGGCGCUGCAAAGCGAGUUGACGGCUGCAGAGAAGAAACUCCAACAGCAACUCGAGGAGGCGCAGACGGCCCAGGCGAUUUUGAAGACGCAGGCAGUCGCGAAAAUGAACGAAAUGAAGACCGCGUACGACACGGCGCUGAGCGCCGAGCGUGUGAAGGUUGCCGAGUUGCAACAGCAAAUAGAAACCCUGAACCAAAGCGUCUCGCAGUUGCAAACGCGGGCCCAGCAGCUCGAGGUGAAGCUGGGCGGCGCGAAGCAGUCCUUGGUCGCUGAAACCCAGAAAAACGCUGCCGCCCGAGAACAGGAUCACCAGGCCGCUGUGCAGGCACGCGCAGCGAUCGAAGCUGAUUUGCAGGCAAAACAGGCCGAAGUUGCGAGGUUGCAACAGAGAGUGAAAGAGCAAGAGGACGCGACGGAGGUGGCAGCGCACAACUUUCGGGUAGAAGCCGAGGAAACGCAGCGCCAAAUGCAGGUUCUCAAGGACCAGAAGGAGGCCGAACUGGCCCACGUCAAGCAAGUCGCCCGCGAACGCAUCGAGGCGCUCCAGCAACAGCUGGACCACGGGGGUGCGGGGGCACCUGGGGCCCCUGCACCGAACGGCACCGGUUCAGGUACUUACUACGCGCUUCAAAAAUACUUAGUUUUUUGCUCUAUAUUUUGUAGUUUCCACGUGGAUGAAACACUGUGGUCUACUUACUACUGCUUGUACCUGCUCGUGCAUGACCUCGUGGCGCUUGUGAAUUAUCUUAAGUGCCGAAACUAAAUCUUUUAGGUGACGUGGAGGCGGUCCGGCAAGAAUACGAGGGCAUUCUCGCAGACUUCAGGGAACAAGCCAAAACGAAGUUCGCCGAGCUUAACGCGGACAAGGAGGCGCUCCAGGCCUCCAUUGACAGCUUACAGGCCAGCGUCGAGGUAUUGCAAUAUUACUGCUUGCAGACUUUUUCGAAAAGCAAAAUCUAAAUCUAAGUCUUGCAUUGCAAAUUCUUAUCUGUUGCAUCCUGAUCGCACUCCAAUAAAGAAACUGAAAGCAGUAAGAAGAAGAACUUGAACUCUAUCUCAAGCCUAUAAACGAAUGCUCCUUGUUCAGGCAAAGAGCGGUGAAAUUACCGCCUUGCAGCAGAGCUUGUCGGAAAAGGAGGCUUCCCUGCAGCGCGCGAUGGCGCAGACCGGGGACGGCGCGAGCAGCUCAGCGAGCGCGGAGUUCGAGGUUGUCGGGAAUCCCAAUCCACCAAGCGUGGAACCGACUGCGGAAGCAGCUCGUCCCGCACCCCCACCCGCUGCGGGCAGCAAAACAAAUUCCAAGAAUGCGGACAUGUCCCACGACGAAAUUGACAAGCUGUUCGACGAUAUGGAGGACAUGAUGUAGUCGUGCAAAUUGAAAUUAAUUAACCAUGAAAUUGAAUUAUAUCGAAAGUGUAAGUGAAAUUGAAAAUGUACAUGACUUAACUUCAAGGCAACUCUCCGUCUCCCAGCUCUGGGUCUGGUGCACUCCUUGUGUUUCACUCUCGUAGUCAGAUGCGGAAGCCAAACCGGAAGGAAGCACAAAUGGCAUUUUCGCUUUGAUGCCACAUAAGUGGUUUCCGGUGUGGGAUCAGUAUCGAUAAGCCCACGACGCUGGUGGUAGAAGACCCCGUUGGGUUGCACGUCUGACGCAAAUUAGCUAUUGACGACAAGCCCUGUGAUGUACCUGUUGUAUCACAAACAUCCUUCUUGUACAUUGAUCUUGAUGCUUGGCCAUCGCUUCAACGAAUGAACGUGAAGGCUCACUUUGAACUCGGAGCUUACUGAGACUUUCUGUCCCCAAGAAAAAAAAUGUUUUCCCCAGCGACAACAACUACGCAGCAAUUUUUCAAGAAGCAAAUCAAGUAUAUUACCU